AUGUCGACCACUGCAACUGCACAAGCGCCAGCAAAUACUGCUGGAGAAGACGGAGCCUCUCGAGGAAGGCGACGGAACCGCAAUCGCAAUCGCGCACCGAACGCCCCCGACGGCCAGAGUGAAGGGCCAGUAAGUGGAGAGCAGCAGUCGCAAAGAGGAGGGAGAAGUGGCCGAGGGCGAGUCAGGGGACGUGGGGGCCACUCUCUAGUACCAUCGCAGGUACUGCAGAGCAUACCGAGCGAAGCUCCAACUUCGACGCCUGCGCCUGCGCCUGCGCCGACAAGAGGAGGGCAUCGAGGGAGAGGCGGGCCAGGAAGAGGCGGAGCACAGAGGUUUGCUCAGCGUACUGCUGCAGGUGGUCGCCAAUUUGGCGGCCAACUGACAACCGAGCACGACACAGAGUCAGCAGCGUCAGCAAGUUUGCAGGCAGAUGCGCCCGAGUUCGAGCCAGGGAGACCUCUGGUCGGCCGCAAGCCACGAGCGCCGAAGGAAAAGCAGCCACAACUGCCAAAGUCGACCGCGCCAGAUAUCGCCACCAGAACACACGAAGACAUUGAUAACGGUCACUACGAGUGCGCAAUCUGCACCGAAGACAUUAAGCGACGCUCGAAGGGAGUGUGGUCCUGCCGUACGUGUUGGACAGUCUUCCACCUAGGUUGCAUAAAGAAGUGGUCGACCAACGAGGGUUCAGCAGCUGCUCGUCAGCAAGUUCAGGACGGCGAAGCACCACCACCGAGGCAAUGGCGCUGUCCCGGGUGCAAUUUGCCGAAAGAUAUUCUACCAAAGAACUUCUCAUGUUGGUGUGAGAAAGAGCUCGACCCAAAGCCAGUUACGGGUCUACCACCUUUCUCUUGCGGACAGACUUGCUCCCGGCCUAGGAUCCUACCGAAGAAGUGUCCCCAUCCGUGUGGCAUGACCUGUCAUGCCGGUCCUUGCCCACAUUGCUCUUUGAUGGGACCGACCCAGUACUGCUUCUGUGGCAGCAAGUCUGUUACUCGGAAGUGCGUAGAUACAGACUACGAGCAUGGCUGGACUUGCGGCGAAGUGUGUGGCGAGAUGUUAGCUUGUGGAGAACACCGCUGUUCUCGACCAUGCCACGAUGGCCCCUGUGGAGCUUGUGACGUUCGUGUCCCAGCACGUUGCUACUGUGGUCAAGUUCAUAAUGAUAUCAUGUGCUGCGAUCGUGAGGCGACAAAGCACAGCCGCCAGCGCCACACCGCAGCGGACGGCGCUACCACAGUCGAAGAGUGGACUGGAGCCUUCCAGUGCCCGAAUAUCUGCGGUCGUCUUUACGACUGCGGUAUGCAUGCUUGCGAACAAGCGUGUCACCGACAGAACGCUGAUUCGGCCCAUUGUCCACGAUCCCCAGACGUCGUCACCCACUGUCCCUGUGGCAAGACGCGUCUGUCAGAAAUAUCGAAUGCUCGUCGAGAUACUUGCGAAGAUCCCAUACCGAAUUGCUCCAAACCUUGCAACAACACGUUGAACUGCGGUCACAAGUGCAAGCAACCGUGUCAUCAGGGCGAGUGCAGACCCUGUAUGGAGACAGUCACUAUUGCAUGCAGAUGUGGGCGCAAUACGUUCUUCACGAUUUGUCAUCAAGGAACCGAGGAAGCUCCCCAGUGUAUGCGUAUCUGUCGUGUUGCACUCAAUUGUGGUCGACAUGAGUGUGGUGAGCACUGCUGUGCUGGCGAGCGCAAAGCAGCUGAGCGACAGGCGGCUCGAAGGAAGCCGCGCCCUCUGGACUCGGCAGCUCAGAGACCUGGGGACAACUUCGAAGCAGAGCACAUCUGCACCCGUUCUUGCGGUCGUCAGCUGAAAUGCGGUAACCCCGAGCAUCGCUGCCAGGAGCUCUGUCACAAAGGUCCCUGUGGUACUUGUCGAGACGCAAUCUUCGAUGAGAUCAGCUGCAACUGCGGCCGGACUGUGUUGCAGCCUCCUCUGCCUUGUGGUACUCGGCAACCUCCCUGUCGCUUGGCUUGUGAGCGUCCGAAGAACUGCGGCCAUCCUCAAGUUGGUCACAACUGUCACAGUGACGAGGAAGACUGUCCCAAGUGCCCGUACUUGACCACAAAGUCCUGCUUGUGUGGCAAGAACGUUAUCAAGAACCAGCCCUGUUGGCUCAGCGAAGUUCGUUGCGGCGAGAUCUGUGGCCGUAUCUUGAAAUGCGGCAUUCACAAGUGUCAGAAGCAAUGCCAUCGCGGUGGGGAGUGCGAAGAGCCUUGCAAGCAGACUUGCGGCAGGGAACUGAGCGUUUGUGGUCAUCCUGACAUGGCGCCCUGCCACUUUCCGCAGCCGUGCAAAGAAGACAAGUCUUGUCAACACAAAAUUAUCGUCACUUGCGAAUGUCAGAGAAUCAAGCAGGAAACGAAGUGUAACGCUUCGAAAUCCAGCGAGGGCAACAGUAAGAAGACGCUUAAGUGCGAUGAGGAGUGCGCACGUCUUGAACGCAACCGCAAGCUCGCUUUGGCGCUCAGUGUGGACCCGGAGCAUGAGAGUGAUCACGUUCCCUACUCUGACAUUACGCUGAAUCUCUAUGUGGAGCAUUCGACAUGGGCUGCGAACCACGAAAAACGUCUUAGGUUGUUCGCCGCUGACGAUGAAGAGAAACGGCUCAGGUUCAAGCCUAUGCCAAAGCAUCAGCGCAAGUUCAUCCACUAUCUCGCGGAAGACUUUGGCUUCGACACAGAGAGCAUGGAUCCCGAACCGCAUCGCCACGUUGCGGUAUUCAAGACUCCGAAGUUCGUCAUGGCUCCAAUGAAGACACUCGCGGAGUGCGCCCGGACACGACAAGUUCAGCGUCCCAUUCCCGGCCCCCCAGUAGCCGCUCCACUUCGAUCGAAGCCAAGUAACACUACCGGAGAUCCGUACAACUCCUUGUUAAUCUUGAAUCCACGCUUCGCUCUCACGAUUGAGGAAGUCAGCAUGGUCAUCAAGAACGUCCUCCCACAGACCAAUUUUCCUCUUGAGUUCGAGGUCAGCUUCCUACCCAGCGAGGCAGUCUCGCUCAAGCCACCGCUAGCUGCGCGUCUCAACAUUCCGGAGCGUGAGAUGCAGACGAUGCUCGAGUCCGUCAAGACACCGUUAUCACAAGCUUUCACUGCACAGAAGGUCGGCUCUUUACAGCUAGCCCGCACAGAUGCAUCGCUGAACGUGUUACGCAAAGAGUCUGACAUUGGUCCUGGUUCAGGCUGGAGCCAGGUCGCGGCUUCCCGGGGCAUCCCAUCGCGCCAGGUGCUAAAGAGCACGCCAUUUGGAAAUAAGGGUGGCUUUGCUGUGCUGAGCUUAAGCAGCAAGAAGAAGAAGGAGAAGCCGGCGCCUGUUGUUGAUGACUGGGAAGCAGCUGAAGAGGAGGAAGAGGAGAAGGAAGAGAAAGGCAAGGCCAGUGUGGCUAAUAGCGGUGCGGCUAGUGAAGACGAUGGGCCUUCAAGACCGAGAAGUAGGGGUCUAGCUGAGGCUCCUGCUGACGAGGCACCAAUCUCCUUGAAGCAUGGUGAGCUUUUGGGACGCUGGUCGGAUCUAGACGACGAGUAG